CGCUUUUGGAAACGAUGUUUCCAGUUCAUUCCACCACUUUGGUGCUGUGGGCAUCGUUGAUUUUCAUAUUUUUACCCUUUUCCACGGGUAAGACAAGACCACACUUUAUUUACGGAAAGAAUGUGCCCGAAAUUUUGAACUCAAAAAGUCUGGAGAAAAUCUUGAUUAAGCCGGCGCUUGGAAAGCUAGUGAUUUUCUCCAACAAUUUCUGCAAACAGUGCGUGUUGUUCGAGGACACGAUGGAAAAACUAAUUUUUAAAGUAAGUAAAUGGCGGAAAGUGCUGGCUGUUUACUUUUUCGACUGCACCAAAGGGCACAACAUAAGAGUCUGUGGCGAUCACAGGGUUCGACAAAUGCCCACUCUAAGAUUCUUUCAUUUAGAUCUGGUUGGUUAUCACCACGGAUUCGAAAUAACCAACCUGGAAUUAACUUCAAUUGUGGAGGAUCUUGUUGGACUUCUCAGUUUUGCCGAGCACCGUAGUCUAAACUUCGAUGUUGUUCUGCACAAUGAAACUUUGAGUAACCUCUGGCCAGACGAUGAGAAGAUUCAAUACAUUGUACUCGUCUACCAGCCAAGUCGUUCAUUUCUCGGAUUGGAGACUGCUCUCGAUAUGCUGCCCCACAAGGAAGUGAGGGUACGAAUUGUUGAAGAUGAUCAUAUUCUCAUGGACUUGACUGCUGGCAAAAAGCUGAGCAUUUUCGAGCGGAAUGGGAAACAGCAUUCCUUUGAAACAGCAAGGCAUUCGGUCAAAGCCUAUGUUCAUCUCCUGCAAAAGUUCCUAAAAGAUGAAGGCUAUCCAAGUACCCCAUCGCAUCAACCCAUAGUGUGGGCGGAAGGUGCGGAUUCCUAUCAACUGGAGCAGAAAGAGAUUGAACAGUAUGUGUUGAGAGCACCAGUGAGAAUAUACCGUGCUGAUUUAGAGCGGGCUUUGUACAAACUGCUGCACAUUGAGAUCCCCAAGGAGCAAAACCUAGAAGGCGACAGCCUUGUUGCUCUGAAGAACUUUAUGAUGGUUUUGGCCAAAGUCAAUCCACUAAACCGGAAGGGUAAAAUGAUGCUUAUAGCGAUGCACAAGUGGCUGGAGCAUAAAAAUCACCUUACAGGAGAAGAGUUCCUGCUGCGCGUGUAUACGUUGGAAUUGGCUCCAAGUUUGGUCUUCGGCGGAAGGCACUACGUGGGCUGUGUUCCCUCAAAACCCUUCCUGCGAGAGUACCCCUGCUCCCUGUGGAUCCUAUUCCAUUAUCUAACUGUGGAGGGAGCCAAUCUAAGCGAGCCAUUCCAGCCGGGAUUUGUGGCAAAAGCUAUUAAAGGCUUUAUCCAGCACUUUUUCUUUGAGUGUCCUUCCUGCGCCGAAGAGUUUCUAAGCAUAGCAAAGCCUUUGGAUGUGAAAUCACACGAUGAAGAAAUACUCUGGCUUUGGGAAACGCAUAAUGAGUUCAAUAAACGUCUGGAAGAUGACGGCACUCUAGACCCAGAAUUUCCCAAAAUUCAGUUUCCCAGCAAGGCCAGUUGCCGUGAUUGCAAAGAUGAAAAUGGUUGGAUGCGACCGAAUGUUUUAAAAUACUUAAAAAGUCUCUAUAACAUCAAUAACCUUAGUUUCUAUGGAAUGUCCUACACCAUAAUAUACCAAUAUUAAUUAUUAAAAUCAGCUAUGGAGUAGUACGGUUGUUUUUCGCAGCACAACCAAAAGCGACGCUAAUGAGAUAAAUGUAUUACGUUUUUAUUUUUAUUUAACACAAUAAAGGGAAACGCAAAUCCAUA